AUGUCUACAAAUCGGCUUCCCUGGAGUCCAGAGGAAAAGUCGCUAUUCAAUCGCAUUCGUGCUGAGAUACCACGGGCCUCAGCUCCUGUACUCACAGAAGUUUACAACCAAAGAAAUAAUCGGAAGGACCGGGUUCAUACUGUCAAUGCCGUGAGGGGUAUGCUCAUAUAUCAUAAGCUGCCUUCGAGAGAUACGUCGUCAAUAUCUAGGGGCCGUCCACGAACUAGAACUGGAAUAGAAGGUGAGUGAUCUUCUCUUCCCCAAUCUUACAAGCUGACCACAGAGCAAGUUAUUGAGGCUGUAGUACCAGCAACCAUGAAUGAACAUCUUCCCUUGAAAUAUGACCAUUGUUCUUUAGAUGUAAGCAGUUCUAAUCCUAUCUUUCUGUUAGACGCUAAAGUCUAGCAGACUCAAUCCGGUGUGCUUAAACGAGGGGUCUCUCUCCCCCUUCAUCCUCUGAUCGCAGACGCUCGGCGGCAUACGCUAUGUUCUAAGACAAUUGGAUUUGAUGAUGAUCCAUUCCCGGAAACUGUAUGGCCCUUCACCAUUACGGAUGAAGAAAUUUGGGCACUGGAGUGUACAGAACAGGACAAAGUUGCCCUGAAACAGUAUUUUGACUUUUUCAAGGUAGACAGACCAUCGGUCGCGGGAACGUGGAAUGUAUGUAGAAAAGAUAGAUGAUAUUUAAUUACAUAUCUCCAACGCCUUAUAACGUGCAUGUAUAGCGAAUGAUACAUCCGAGCGCCCAAACGCGACUACACUAAGUGCUCUACUUGCCCUGACUCGAGAGAUCCAGCAGUACAGCAUGCAAUCAUUAGUAAUGGUUUUUAUGAUACUACAAGUGCCAAUGUAUCCAUGUCAGGAUUCGAGCAAGUCUCUUUCCCCAGUCCCGGACUGACAGAGUCUUAUCCUAUUGAAUUAGUGGGCAAGGAAAACCCAUUCAAGGGAGAUCUGGAUAUUUUAGCAACCGCAGAAUUUCUGAGAAAUAACAGUUCACGAGUGCAGAUCAUUCUCCUCACAAUCACUAACAAUUGGGCCGCUGCUCAACCCGUGUCAAUGGCUAAUGUCAAAGCAACGUCGGAGUUGGCGAGAGAAUACUGCAUUCCACUCUUUUCCGACGCAUGCCGCUUCGCAGAAAAUGCCAAAUUUGUCCAGGAUUUUGAAGCAGGCUACAAUACAUAUACGAUUCCUGAGAUUAUGCAUGAAAUGUUCUCUUGCGCCGACGGGUUUACCAUUUCACUUAAAAAGGACGGACUUGCAAACGUAAGCAACCCUCCUCAAAUUCCUUCCUUCGGGGUUUCCUGUCUCUCGUUAUGCUCUUCGAAUAUAAAGAGAGAAAGAAGAUCUCUGAUUUGUUAUAGAUGGGUGGAGCGCUCUGUUUCAGAGACCAAGGAAUCUUCGCUACUAAGUUUCCGACCGUGGGAAUGAAGCUGAAAGAGCGCCAAAUUGUUUGUUACGGAAAUGACUCCUACCGAGGAAUGAGCGGACGGGAUAUGAUGGCCGCAACAGUAGGUCUUUAUGAAGUGACUAAGGAAUCCUACCUGGCAAGUCGAGUUGGACAGGUGAAGAGAUUUGCCGAGAAGCUGUUGGGCUGAAGAGUGUGGUGUACUGAAGGUCAUGGAGAAUUGAUUGAUUGUUUGAGAAGCUAUUAUACAGAGUAUUUAUAAGGGAAGGAAAAAGGGCAAGAUGAGAAAGAAAGGGGUAAAUGAGAGGUGGAGCCGUAUCUCAAUACGGACGCUGUACAAAUAAUAAUACAAUAAUGAAUAAGUGGAUUCCACAUCAGGUGAUAUGGUGGAUCCAGCACAACAGAAGCUUAUUAGGCAAAAUAUCCCGAUAAUAUUGCCACCCGGUGGCCAUGCGGUCUAUCUUGAUAUGGACAAGUUCUUUGAUGGUUGUGGGAGGUCUUACGAUGAUUUUGCCGGGCUCGGUUUCACAAAUGAGCUGCUCGCUAAUUAUGGUAUUCGCUCGGUAGAGAUGGGUCCAUUUUGUGUACGUAGACUUUGGAAAAAAGCUCAAGGAAUGUUCCCUAACAAUUACUAAAGUGGGAGUGGGACUUGAAAAGUGAACUCGAGAGGCAAGGGAUACAUAACCUUGUUCGCUUCGCAGUUCCGCGUAAUGUCAUGAAUGAAAAUCACUUCGAUUAUACAGUGGCAGCUAUUUCUCAGCUCUAUAAGAAACGCCACUUCAUACCAGGGGUAUGUACAUUAUAGUUUUCAACCUUACUUCUGUCUAUACCGGACUAAUAAGUAUACAGAUGAGAAUUGUGAGAGGCAAAAACCUCCGAAUUAGACACUUUUCGUGUAAAUUGGAAACCGUACCAGUGAUUACUUCCAAUGGAAGCCUCACAAAAAAUGGUUUGCAAAAUGGAAACUCCUACGAUGACCUUGAAACAAAGUCAGAAGAGAAUUAG